AUGAAGAUGAAACACGCUUAUCUCCUUGGAACCCUUAUCCAGUAUUCUGCUCAGUCAUGGACUCUUUCUGGAGAGGCGAAAGCGAUGGUAGAAGACUCCAUGGAGUGGAUGGAUAAAUUCUACGACCCGAAAAUCUCACAGCUGUACGACCUCAACUCAAAUGCCGCAAUGAAUCACGAGACAUUAGCCUCUGCCUGGUAUGCGGUCGGACUUCUUGCACGCAACAGCAACAACGAUAUCUCGAAGGCUGAAGAUGUCAUUAAAUACAUUAUCAAGGAUCAGUUUGAGAACCCAACAGACUUGUGGUAUGGCGACUAUACGCGAGAACCGGAGGAGCCAACCGUUGGAACAUCGUGGUACCCCGCUCGGAUGUACGGCUCAUGGGACCCCAACUGGCGAGGCUUCGUCGGUCUCAGCUUCAUUACGAUUUACGAAGAGUUCGGAGAUCUGUUAUCCGACGAUUUGAAGGUGCUUAUGCUUGAGAGUCUACAUAACUGUAGUAUCGGCGACUCAUAUCGCGAGGGUGGUGUCAAUGGAGAUAAUCUCUAUCCAUCUUACAGCAACCCCGCAAUUAUGCGCGCAAUUGGUACAAGCUGGACCGGUCGCAAAAUAGGUGACGACAACAUGACACAAGCUGGAGAGGAUUAUGCAAAGGAGAUCAUCGACCUUUUCGACUUGCAUAAUACACUUUCCGAGUUCAACUCAGCUACUUACACUGGCAUUUCACUCUUUGGUCUGACACUAUGGUGCAAGUAUGGUCAUGACGAUAGCAUUCUUUCCCAAAGAGGUCCGGAUCUUGUGCGCGGUGUCUGGAAUUAUACAUCUCAACUCUGGAACCCCAAGAUGCGGAACCUCGCUGGUCCAUGGGACCGUUCCUAUUCGUUUGACAUGACUAAGUCUCUCGGUAUCCUGUCUCACUUCCUGGCACCCAUUAUCGGGAGGAAGGAGGCAGGCGUACGGCAGUACCCAGAAGUCAUGAGCCAUGCUCGUGACUGGGCUUGGGCACCACUCAUUGCCGUCCACUCAGAAUUCCACAACUCAUUGCUUUCAGAUGAACUUAAAGAUUCAUUGCAGACCUUUGACGGAGAGAGGACAUACAACGGAGAGGCCUACUAUCCACCCUACGAUCUUGAUACCCGCAACAUCACGACAUGGCUAACCGAAUCGCUGAUGAUCGGAGCUCAGUCAUACCGAACAAAAAGCGCAAACGGGCCCUCGAAUAACAAGGCCCAGUUCCAUCCCGCUGUUGCACAUUGGGCUUAUGGAGAUGAUAACAUCGGAUGGCUUAGUCUCCGUCCUACCGAGUCUCAUGUCCUGAUGCAAGUUUCUCCGCGAAAGCUGAAGGUGACUUAUCCUAAGGGAACUAGCAGUUCUGUGUUCACUUUUGUGGUCUCUCCUUCACUUGCCAAGAGGGAUGUCAAGUCGUGGGCUGACAUCCAGGGAGUCUCCAUUUCUGUCUCUGGUAACGUCAAUUCUAUGCCAGAAAUCACAUUUGCUGGCCGAUAUGGUGGUUCAGGAAGUCCUAUUUAUGACCACAAUCAUUGGACUAUGGUGCAUAAGAUGCCUGCUGUGUUUGAGGGUGCUCCUGAGAUUAUCAUUGAGUUUGAAUUAGAUGCUGCCUUAAAAGGCUACCCUGGCUUAGUGAAGCAAACAAGAUGA